AUGGCGGAUAAAACGGAUUAUAAUGAUCUGCUACGCAAGAUAUCAAACAGCCUUGAGAAUGCCCUCGACACGUUCGGGCCCUCAUCGAGACAAUAUCAAGCCAUCCUCAACAUUCUGAAAGAAUGCCUGCAGGAUAUUGAAAAUCAAAAACAACGAAAAGGCCAGGAGCAGGUGGUGGACCCAGAUAUGCUGAGUGCUGCUAUGGAAUUUUUGAAUAUUGGAGAAUAGACUCGUUGAAGGACCGGGCGCAGUCUUGCUUUAUUUUGAUACCCCGCAUGUUUGUCCUUAGCCAUCAGAGCCCAGACCAGCCAUGGAAUAAACUUUGGCCUAGUCAAAUGAUCGAUGAUAAC